AUGGUGCAGAAGUACCAAUCGCCCGUACGGGUGUAUAAACACCCUUUUGAGUUAAUUAUGGCUGCAUAUGAAAGAAGGUUUCCUACGUGUCCUCUGAUACCUAUGUUUGUAGCCAGUGACACUGUAAAUGAAUACAAGAGUGAGGAUGAAGCUAUCCAUGUGAUUGAACGGCGCUGUAAGCUGGAUAUAGAUGCACCGCGGCUAUUGAAAAAGAUUGCAGGAGUGGAUUAUGUCUACUUUGUCCAGAAGAAUUCUUUGAACAGACGAGAAAGGACGUUGCAUAUAGAAGCUUACAAUGAAACCUUCUCUAAUAGAGUCAUUAUUAAUGAACACUGCUGUUACACAGUUCAUCCUGACAAUGAAGACAUGACGUGUUUUGAACAGUCAGCAAGUCUGGAUAUAAAAUCUUUUUUUGGUUUUGAAAGCACAGUGGAAAAGAUUGCCAUGAAGCAGUACACCAGCAAUAUUAAAAAGGGGAAAGAAAUAAUAGAAUACUACCUGAAGCAGCUGGAAGAAGAAGGAAUAACUUUCGUUCCUCGUUGGACUCCUCCUGUUGCGUGUAAAUUGGAGAGCAGCACAUCCCACACAAGACGACCAGUUUCACCUGCUAUUAAUAUACCAGACUUGUCCACAAAGGAGGGCUUGAACAAUAAGGAGAUCCUCAACACCUCAGGCAGCCCCUCGGAGCCCACAGCAGGAACGCCUGAUGACAAGUUAGACGCAGACUACAUCAAGCGGUAUCUGGGUGACUUGACACCAAUGCAGGAAAGCUGCCUCAUUCGACUGAGACAGUGGCUUCAGGAAACACACAAGGGCAAAAUCCCAAAGGAUGAGCACAUUUUAAGAUUCCUGCGUGCCCGGGACUUCAACAUUGAUAAAGCAAGAGAAAUCCUUUGCCAGUCGCUGACAUGGCGUAAGCAGCACCAGGUAGACUACAUUCUAGACACAUGGAACCCUCCUCAAGUACUCCAAGAUUACUAUGCAGGAGGCUGGCAUCACCAUGACAAAGAUGGUCGCCCGCUGUAUGUGCUGAGAUUGGGACAGAUGGAUACCAAAGGCUUAGUGCGAGCUCUUGGGGAAGAGGCCUUGCUUCGAUACGUUCUUUCAAUAAAUGAGGAAGGACUGAGGCGAUGUGAGGAGAAUACGAAAGUAUUUGGCAGGCCAAUAAGCUCUUGGACCUGUCUAGUAGAUCUAGAAGGCUUGAACAUGCGGCAUUUAUGGAGACCUGGUGUCAAAGCGUUGCUAAGAAUCAUUGAGGUAGUUGAAGCUAAUUACCCUGAGACUUUGGGUCGCCUUCUAAUCCUGAGAGCACCUCGAGUAUUCCCAGUUCUUUGGACACUGGUUAGUCCAUUCAUUGAUGACAACACUAGAAAGAAAUUCCUUAUUUAUGCUGGCAAUGACUACCAGGGUCCUGGGGGACUGCUGGAUUACAUCGAUAAAGAAAUUAUCCCUGAUUUUCUUGGUGGAGAGUGCAUGUGUGAAGUACCAGAGGGUGGGCUGGUUCCCAAGUCCCUCUACCGGACAGCAGAAGAGUUGGAAAAUGAAGACAUAAAGCUUUGGACUGAAACAAUCUACCAGUCUGCAAGUGUCUUCAAAGGAGCUCCGCAUGAGGUUCUUGUUCAGAUUGUGGAUGCCUCAUCUGUGAUCACAUGGGAUUUUGAUGUGUGCAAGGGCGACAUCGUUUUUAACAUCUUUCAUUCCAAGAGAGCCCCACAGCCUCCUAAAAAGGACUCUCUGGGAGCUCACAGUAUUACAUCUCCUGGUGGGAACAAUGUCCAGUUGAUAGACAAAGUCUGGCAAUUGGGGCGUGAUUACAGCAUGGUGGAGUCUCCCCUUAUCUGCAAAGAAGGGGAGAGUGUGCAGGGAUCGCAUGUGACCAGGUGGCCUGGCUUCUAUAUUCUCCAAUGGAAAUUUCAUAGCAUGCCUGCCUGUGCUACAACCAACCUGCCUCGUGUGGAUGAUGUACUAGCAUCUCUACAGGUCUCCUCUCACAAAUGUAAAGUGAUGUACUAUACAGAAGUAAUAGGAUCUGAAGAUUUCAGGGGAUCUAUGACCAGCCUUGAAUCAAGCCACAGUGGAUUCUCCCAGCUCAGUGCUGCCACCACUUCUUCUAGCCAGUCCCAUUCCAGCUCCAUGAUUUCCAGGUAGUGCCACAACAGAUGAAAAGCAAAUGGAUGAGAUGGCUGGACCCUCACCUGUGGCAGCUGACUGCAAUACAGCGUAUUCAACUGGCAAUUGCGCAAAAAAUCCCCUCCCCACAAAAGCCUUUUAUAGAUAGUAAAGUAGCUGUUUGAAUUUUAAACUUAGUGGUUUUGGUCCUUGUUAGAUCCAACAGCUUGUCUCUUAACUUUAACCCUUUUCUCCUAACUCAGCCAUAAAUAUUUCUGCAAGUGUGCUUGCACAAAUCCUAACUCUGAACACAAGGGCUCUCAUUGAAAGGAAAAAUAACCAGUGCAUCAGUUAAGAAUAGUUUUUUUUUAACUGUGUAAAUGUUAAAAAGCAAAAAAAAGGAAAAAACCCUACCAAAAAUGCUCCGUAGUGCAUUAGAGAUCAACUGCAAGUCUCCUGUCAGGACAUUCUUUGCCAUCUUAAGAAAUCCCCUGUGAUCUUCCAGUGCUGCAAACUGUUCUGCUGUGUCCACUAAGUGAUGUCCGAGACAAAGAAAAGCAGUUGCUGGAUACUUGACUUUGUGAGUCCAUUUUUUUCAAAGCAUGUCCACAGAGCU